ACUAAGCAGUGGUGGCCGUGUUCUUUAAAUGGUUCCAGUUAGUGCACAUGUUGCUGCGUCUUGCGAGUGGGACGACACAAACGUUGCCAGACGACCUCCCACCCAGCAUUCUGAUUGGACGAGAAAAUCGCCGUGCGAUCUUUUUCCCCCCAUCCGUCUGCGGUGACGUCAGCCGCCCUCCGCUUUGGUAUGGGAGACUUGUCCUCAUCAAAUUAUUUGUGCAAGAACUUUACAGUCAUCCAAGGCUGUAAAAACGAGUCGAGACAAAAGUCCAUAACAGUUUGAAGAUCAUGCCCGAAUGUAUCUGUGGCCAUCCCUCAUUUGUACAGUGACUUAUGUUUAUAGUGAGGAGCAUCGGUGAGGGUCUCUGUCUGCAGCAGCCCUUAAAAGACCUCAUAGAACACUUACCCGAGACGUAAACUUGUCAUUCUCUUUGUUCCAGACGCAAGUGAGUUGGCAGUCUGCUUAAGGACGGCACAACACAUUAAGUGAUGCCAAAACUUGGAAACUCCACGGCUGCUUGGAAUGUCCCAGAGAAAGCACUGAAUCAUGGCGUGAAGAAGAUGUCCCGCUGUGGAUCUCUUCAGUGUCAUAAAUGUAGUCCAUAAUAGGUCAUGCAGAUAAAAAGGCAUAUAGAAGUGAACUUUUAUUUAUUUAUUUAUUUAUGAUGUGACAAAUAUGCAAAGCAUUUAUUGUGUACUUUGGUCUUUUUAUGUGCUGGCAGCAAAAUUGCAAAACAGCUGUGUCACACAUGUUGGACAUCAAAUAUGAGUUUCUUCUCUGCCAAAUAUAAAAAUGGAUACAAACAAGUUGGUUUGGAUGUCACACAGAUUAACAUUCUUUGUGGUUACUUGAGGUUUGUGGUGAAAAGAAACAAUUCUGCUCACUCUGGGAAGUGAGUCAAGAUGAUGGGAGAAUCCCAAGGCAAUCCAAAUUUGCAGAGGUUGGACUUAUAUAAACACAACUGUAAAUGUUGUAUCCAAAAUGUGUUUAUAAAUAUGACCCAAAGCGCGCCACCCAAGUUUGGUUGUGUCAUAAAAACGCGUCGACAAGUAAACUGUGGUUGGGGCGUGACAUGAGAGCUCAAUUUGAGUAAAAAGGAAAGUCGACCCAAAAUGAAAGUGACAGUUUUACAUUUCGUCAUCCACUUGAGUUUUGAAUGUUUGCUCAACUGUUGCAUCCGUCGUGGGAGAAGCCUGCAAAAUGUCAUUUGAAUUGCAUCCGUUAGCCAUUAGCGGUUUUGUUGACGUGGUCAUUUUCAGGUCAUCCUUUAUUUAUAGGGGGAUCAUGACUUUUUAAUGGCUUGGAUUCAAUAGUUGAAUCUCUGGAGUGCGUGCUUAUUCAAACAUAAGGAAAUUAUCAAAUCAAAGGAAGAAUAUUUUUAACUCCAUUUAUUUGGAUAAGUGGACGAUGGAUGGGCUUAAUAUUUAAAUGUGACGCUAAAACCAGUAGCUUGCAUCACAUCUGUCGAGUUAUAACAAAUGUUCACCACAAGUGUUUACUGUUUGCAAAGUAUUUAUCCGACCGGUAUUUAGUACUUUACACCGAUGAUGACGUUUUCUUGUUUGUUGUGCAUCAUUUCCGCCUGGCUUCCUGUUGAAGCAGCGUAAGUAUGGGAUUCCAGCGAAAGGAUAAUCCUUCUCAUUUAGAGAAGAUUUGGAGAUAAUCUGAUGUCAACAUCUUCCUCUGUCUGGGAAUUUAAGACAAAAUAGCUCCCUUUCGUGGGAAGAAAAGCUCUUGGGUAGCAUAAGAAGCAAGCUGGGGUAUUGGCUCUGGUUCCUUUCCCACAAAGUCCCUGAGAGAAACACAUGACCAGACCAUGAUCUGCCGAUCCUCUUCAAGAGCUCUCAUGAAUGCGAACUUCCCAGCGGAUGUUAAUGUAUCACCAAUGAGUCUCAGACAACCUUUGACCCCGAGCCAUUUUAGCUUUGAGGCAAGAUAAGUAGCAGGGAUAUACUCUAAGCAGCGUCUACCGGCUGAGGAGGUCCCAGCAGGGCUUGCGGUGAUGGAGUCUGCCGAGGGACGUCCUAUGUCAGGACAAAGCGUAAUGGAGACAUGGCUGUCCUCCAGCACAAGAGGUUGCCAUGGAGACGGUAUGCGUUUCCAGGCCAAGCUGAUUGGCGUCGAAAUGAUAUCCAGCGCCAUUGGGGACAGGACGUGCAGGGACUCCAUGAACAAACUAAAGCAAAUGGAGACAACUGCAAAGAAACAGGGCAAGCACAAGCAGAGCAUUUGGCUUCAAGUCUCAACCAGGGGCUUGCAGAUUGUGGACCAGCAAACAGGGGUGCUUCAACAUGAGCACGAGAGAAGUAGGAUCAUUUCCCUGGUCAGAGACAAGCAGGAUUUAAGAGCUUUGGCUUACAUCUACCAACAAGACCACACCUACAGCCUCUUCUACGUUAAGAUGGCCCAUCUGGCAAAGCCUGUCUUGGAUGCUAUUAAAGAGAAGUUUGAGGAAGUGGAUCAAGACUUUUCACAGUGUUCCGCAGAAACAUUGGCACAGAGCUCUGAGAUGAUGAAAACCUGCAAAGAAUCAUCGGAACCACUCGUACCUAUUUCUUCACUCCCAGAAUCUCAGCAUCAAAUAUUGUCCAACUAUCUGAUAUCGCCUGCCGUGAUGCGUCAGAUUCCCGUUCAAGGCUCUCAGCUGGCGGUUGACACUCCCUCCCCUCCUUCACUGAACCUCAUUCAAAUGACAAUAUCAUUGUCUGACUUGUGCACAGUAGGAAACCCCCAUGAAUCACUUUGUUAACAAAUGACCCCAUUUGA